UCAACCAUUAUGAUUGCACGGGAGGAGAAUAUCCUUUCCCGACUUAGAGCUCUACAUUGAUAGUACUACUUAUGAUUUGUCACUAGAUAAAUAAACGGACAAAAGGAACAGAGUUGUGAUUCUUUUGAACAGUGUGGAUAAUAGAAAGAAAAAAAACAAAAAUGUGCAGUCUCGAGAAGCGUGACAAUCUAUGGAUCCUAACAAUUACCGGCGAUGAUCAAAACCGCCUCAAUCCAACCCUAAUCGAUUCCCUUCUCUCAACCCUAACAAAUCUCUCUUCCCAAUCCACUCCCGGCUCCGUCCUCAUCACCACCGCCAAAGGCAAAUUCUUCUCCAACGGCUUCGACUUGCUAUGGGCUCGUGCCGCCGGCUCCAAAUCCGCCGCAGCGGUUCGCCUUCAAUCAAUGGUCGAUUCGCUUAAACCAGUCGCCGCGGCGAUGAUAUCGCUUCCUAUGCCGACGAUCGCCGCCAUCAACGGCCACGCCUCUGCCGCCGGGCUCUUGCUCGCCAUGUGUCAUGACUAUGUCACGAUGAGAAGUGACCGAGGCGUGUUGUAUAUGCCGGAGGUAGAUCUAGGACUUCCGCUGCCGGAUUACUUCUCUGCCGUAAUGAAAGAGAAGAUCAAAACGCCAGCGGUGCUGCGUGAUGUGUUGUUGGCCGGCGUGAAGAUAAAGGGGAAAGAGGCGGUUGAGAUGGGGAUAGUGGAUUCGGCGCAUGAUAGCGUGGAGAGUACGAUAGAGGCUGCGGUGCGCUUGGGGGAAGAAUUGGCACAGAAGAAAUGGGUUGGGAAAGUGUAUGCAGAGAUAAGGAAGAGUUUGUAUCCUGAUGCAUGCAAGGUUUUGGGAUUGACUCCAAUCUCACUCAUAUCUAAGAUGUGAAUUGAAAGUUUCAGUCUUUCAUUCCAACUUUUUCAUUUUAUUAAGGAAUUUUAUUGGAUUCUUUAAGAUUGUGUUUGUUUUAAUCAUUGAAUUGGCGAUAAGUCUGACAAAAUCAGAUGUCAGUGUAUUUUUGUUCAAUUGUGUAUUUUCAUUGGUCAAAGAUGUUUGUGGUUCAUUUCUCUUUAUAAAAUCCUAAAUGCAUUAUUCUUGGUGGUAAAGAUCAA